CAGCACACACAGCAUAUUAGUGGUAAGGCCUCCAAAACUUGUUCAUUCCACAAAGUAAACGCCCGCUGUUCAGGUUAAAUCUCUCUGAAUUAGAAAGCACAACAAUGUCUGGUGCUAAUCCAUUUGCGCAAUUCGAGAAAUCCUUCACUAAGGAUGGUACCGUGUACAAAUACUUUGAUCUGGCUUCCAUUGAUAACAAAUAUGACCAGUUGCCCUACUCGAUUCGUGUUCUUUUGGAGUCUGCUGUGCGCAACUGCGACAACUUCCAUAUUCUCGAGAAGGAUGUUCAGAGCAUUCUGAGCUGGACGCCCGCCCUGAAGCAGGGCUCCAAUGAUGUGGAGGUUUCCUUCAAGCCAGCUCGUGUCAUCCUGCAGGACUUUACGGGCGUGCCUGCCGUUGUGGACUUUGCGGCCAUGCGUGAUGCUGUUCUGGAUUUGGGUGGCAAUCCCGAGAAAAUCAAUCCCAUCUGCCCUGCCGAUUUGGUCAUCGAUCAUUCCGUGCAAGUCGACUUUGCCCGUGUCCCAGAUGCCUUGGCUAAGAACCAGAACUUGGAGUUCGAGCGGAACAAGGAACGUUUUACUUUCCUGAAGUGGGGUGCCCGUGCUUUUAAUAAUAUGUUGAUUGUGCCGCCCGGCUCAGGCAUUGUGCAUCAAGUGAACUUGGAGUAUCUGGCGCGUGUCGUCUUCGAAGCCGAGUCCAGCGAUGGCAGCAAAAUUCUGUAUCCUGACAGCGUUGUCGGCACCGACUCGCACACCACCAUGAUUAACGGCUUGGGAGUGCUGGGCUGGGGUGUGGGUGGCAUUGAGGCUGAGGCUGUAAUGUUGGGUCAAUCGAUCUCCAUGCUGUUGCCCGAAGUCAUUGGCUACAAGCUGACUGGCAAACUGAGCCCCUUGGCCACCUCCACGGACUUGGUGCUGACCAUUACCAAGCAUCUGCGUCAACUGGGUGUCGUCGGCAAAUUCGUUGAGUUCUAUGGCCCGGGCGUGGCUGAGCUGAGCAUUGCCGAUCGUGCCACAAUCAGUAACAUGUGUCCCGAGUAUGGUGCUACCGUGGGCUAUUUCCCCAUUGAUGAAAACACGCUCGGCUACAUGAAGCAAACAAACCGCUCCGAGAAGAAAAUUGAUAUCAUCCGUGAGUAUCUGAAGGCCACCCAGCAAUUGCGUAACUAUGCCAAUGAAGCUCAAGAUCCCAUAUUCACUCAGAGCAUCACUCUGGAUCUGUCUACAGUUGUGACCUCUGUGUCGGGACCCAAACGGCCGCACGAUCGUGUUUCUGUUUCAAACAUGCCCGAAGACUUCAAGUCGUGCCUGUCCAGUCCCGUCGGCUUUAAGGGAUUCGCUAUUGCGCCAGAAGCCCUUGCGGCCAGCGGCGAAUUCCAGUGGGACGAUGGAAAGACUUACAAGCUGCAGCACGGAUCCGUUGUCAUUGCAGCAAUUACAUCUUGCACGAACACCUCAAAUCCUUCGGUGAUGCUGGGUGCUGGCUUGCUAGCCAAGAAAGCGGUCGAGAAGGGGCUUAGCAUUUUGCCCUACAUCAAGACUUCAUUGUCGCCUGGAUCUGGUGUCGUAACCUACUACUUGAAAGAAUCGGGCGUCAUUCCAUAUUUGGAAAAGCUUGGUUUCGACAUCGUGGGCUACGGUUGCAUGACUUGCAUUGGAAACUCCGGUCCCCUUGAGGAAAACGUUGUGAACACAAUCGAAAAGAAUGGUUUGGUCUGUGCGGGCGUCUUGUCGGGCAACCGUAACUUCGAAGGUCGCAUUCAUCCCAACACCCGUGCCAACUACCUGGCCAGUCCAUUGUUGGUGAUUGCUUAUGCCAUUGCUGGACGCGUGGACAUUGACUUCGAGACGGAGCCUCUGGGCGUUGAUAGCAAUGGAAAGAAUGUUUUCCUUCGCGAUAUCUGGCCCACGCGCACUGAAAUUCAGGAAGUGGAGAACAAGCACGUUAUUCCGGCAAUGUUCCAGGAAGUCUACAGCAAGAUUGAAUUGGGCUCAGAGGACUGGCAAACACUGAAGGUGUCCGAUGGUAAGCUUUAUCCUUGGAGCGCUGAUUCCACCUAUAUCAAGCGUCCGCCCUUCUUCGAGGGAAUGACUAGAGAGCUCCCCAAGUUGCAGAGCAUUCAGAAGGCGCGCUGCUUGCUCUUCUUGGGUGACUCUGUGACCACAGAUCACAUUUCACCAGCCGGCUCCAUCGCCAGAAACUCGCCAGCAGCUCGUUUCCUCGCCAGUCGCAAUUUGACUCCCCGAGAUUUUAAUUCGUAUGGCUCGCGUCGAGGCAAUGAUGCCAUUAUGGCACGCGGCACCUUCGCCAAUAUUCGCCUGGUAAACAAACUGGUCACAAAGACCGGCCCACGCACCCUGCACAUACCCAGCCAAGAGGAGCUCGACAUCUUUGAUGCAGCUGAACGCUAUCGCGAGGAAGGCACUCCGUUGGUUCUGGUCGUUGGCAAGGACUAUGGCAGUGGCAGCUCUCGCGAUUGGGCCGCAAAGGGUCCCUUCCUAUUGGGUGUGAAGGCUGUCAUUGCAGAAUCAUACGAGCGCAUUCAUCGUUCCAACCUUGUCGGCAUGGGCAUUAUUCCACUGCAGUUCUUGCCUGGUCAAAGUGCUGAGACACUUAACUUGAACGGUCGUGAGGUCUACAACAUUGCUCUACCCGAAACCGGAUUGAAGCCUGGCCAGAAGAUUCAAGUCGAAGCCGAUGGAACUGUCUUUGAGACUAUACUGCGAUUCGACACCGAGGUGGAUAUUACCUACUACCAGAACGGCGGCAUCCUCAACUAUAUGAUUCGCAAGAUGCUCUCUUAAAUCACUCCUCUUAUUAUUUGCUUAUUCCACUUGCAUUUUUAAAAUUGUACAUUGUAGUCUCCUAAGUUUUUAACGUGUGCUGGUGCUUAUCCUAAUUAAUGGUCGAACCAAUUAAAUUAAGCCUACUUCUCA